CUAAAUGCAAUAAUUUUGGUCUUCAUCAAUGUAAGAUAACUUCUCUAGCAUGGGAAUGUUCGGAUACGGCACAAGCUAAUGCCAUCCCCGGGUUAACCUUAAGUCCAUAUGUCAGCUCUUGCUACAGUUGCUCGUAUUCCGAGCUUCCGCUGCUGCCAAAUCUUCUUUUCCCCUCGUCGAAGAAUCGACUCUGCUAUCGUCGUCGCUUUGCCGCAGUUGCUCAAGUGGUCGUUCGGAGCUGAAUUUCGUCGUAGCUCACAAGUCAUGAGUUCUUCUUCUUCUUCUUUCUCUUCUAAUGCUCGCUCCGGCAGAGGAGGCGGAAGAGGUACGGGGAUGAGAAGUGACAGGGAGAGAUCGGGAGGACGCGGUCGUGGCGGUGGGAGAGGAGGUGGUUCCGAGAGUGACAAAAUUGAUGCUCUUGGAAGACUAAUGACACGCAUUCUGCGUCAUAUGGCUUCUGAGUUGAGCUUGAAUAUGCGGAGUGAUGGGUUCGUGAAAGUGGAGGAUUUGCUUCAGCUGAACAUGAAAACUUUUGCCAACGUUCCAUUGAGAUCACACACAGUUGAUGAUAUCAGGGAGGCAGUCAGAAGGGAUAACAAGCAACGAUUCGGCCUCGUGGAGGAAAAUGGAGAGCUCUUGAUUCGUGCAAACCAAGGCCACACAGUGAAGGUAGUUGAAUCAGAAAGUUUGUUACGACCCAUCCUUUCAGCCGAUGAAGUAGCAGUCUGUGUGCAUGGAACGUAUAGAAAGAACCUAGAUUCUAUACUGCAGUCUGGUUUAAAGCGCAUGGAGAGAUUGCAUGUUCACUUCUCUUGUGGCUUGCCAACAGAUGGUGAAGUAAUUAGUGGGAUGAGAAGGAACGUAAAUGUGCUCAUCUUCCUGAAUGUAAAAAAGGCUCUGGAAGAGGGAAUGAAGCUGUAUAUAUCAGAGAAUAAGGUGAUCUUGACUGAAGGUUUCGAUGGUGUUGUCCCGGUGAAGUACUUCGAGAAAAUUGAAUCAUGGCCAGCUCGACAAUCUAUCCCCAUUCCAAACCUGAGCCAAAUCUAACUGAUCUGAGAAGGGUAUGAUGCCCCCUUUGCAACAAAUGAACCACCCCUGCCCUGAACUUUCUGUAACCCAGGAAGAACUAGACACUUUGUCCUGCUGGUUCCUUUUAUAGCAUACUGACUGUAGCAUUUGAUCUCUCCAUUGCUAACUCAUAGGGCAACUUUGUUUUAUACUCAUUAAUGUGUCUUGAUGAAUGAAUUAACCAGACGUUAUCGUCAUAUCUCAUAUGUUUCGUUAACGAAACUACUAGUCUACGGUUCAUCCCGAAAUCCAAACCAGGAUGUGCUCUUCAACAUAUGGCAUGACAGUCCGAUUGCAGGUUUGUUCUUUUGGAAUUGUGGUGAAUGAUAGAGAAAAUAAUAUUAGACGACACAU